AUCGGUCUGCCGACUACAGUCAACAUGUCCACCAAUCAGAAGACAUCAGCAGGGCACGAUGCGAAGAGGCGCAAGUUUACACCUAGACCAGCUAGAUCAGCGGAAGAGAGACUACCGACAUUGUAUCGCGGAUUGACGGAUCAGGUCAAUGAUGGGCAUUUCCAAAACGCCAUCAAGACGUGUCGAAAGAUUCUCAGUCUUGAUCCGAAAUCUCAGGCUGCAUUUCAGACACUGUUAUUCUUGCACCUCCAGACGGACGACUAUACCUCUGCAUUGGACCUCGUCAAUGCCACUUCGAAGGCUCAAGAUGAAUCAACUCUACAGUUUGAGAGGGCCUAUUGCCUAUACCGACUUCACAGGGAGAAAGAGGCCCUAAGUAUGCUGGAGAAGGGGUCUAAGGGGAGGAAAGAGCUGCAUCUCGAGGCGCAAAUUAGGUACCGACUCGGGGAAUACGACCAAGCUCAACAUGUCUAUGACGAUUUGCUAGCGGGAUGUGACUCGUCCUCUCCAGAGCACGAUGAUAUCAUGACGAAUAUCUCCGCCACAGCGGCUCACCGAGACUUUCACGAUCACGCUUAUCACUCUCAACUAUCGGCGCCGCGUCCAGCUCAUACUGCGGACAGCACGCUCCCAACUCAUGUCCCUGCAGAAGGCGAGCUCGAGAGCUACGUUCCAAGUCUUCCGGCAGGCUGGGCAAAAGGAGGCUCUCAACCUUCGAAAGGCACGACAAGCACGUCUGUGCCAAAGAAGCAAGAUGCGAAGAAGGAGCCAACGAAAAAGAGGACACACCGGUUACCCCAGGGGGCAGUGGAGGGCAAGCCAUUCACCGAGGAUCCUGACCGAUGGCUACCUAUGCGCCAACGAGCUACAUUCCUCGCGGCUCAGAGCAAGAAGAAGGGCAAUAUGACGAGUAUGGGAACAGGUAUAACCCAAGGGAGUAGUGCAUCUGCAGGUGGCGGGGGUAGUGGUGGUGGUGGAGGUGGAAAGAAGAAGAAGGGGAAGAAAUAAGGGCAAGGCAUGCUUCUGUAUCCUGGAUCUGAUCGAGAGUGAGGGAGGAUUGUGCAUCCCACAUGCCGUACUGGCUAGCAUGUUAUAGGUCGGGCAGGACACCAGUCCGGCGUGACAUGUAAUGAAUCCCCCGAUUUUUCCCAUUUUUGAUCCCGGUGUCCUGUUGGAAUCCUGGAAAUUUUCUCGGAAAUCCUCCAAGCGCGACUGAUUUUUUGAGGGUUCAGAGUGGACUCGCCGAAAAUUUUUGGGUCAAUGGGCAAUCCUGAAUCUUGCUGCGAUGUGUG